UCCAGGAUCCAGAGAGUAGCCAUGCUUUUUGCCAAGUCCUGUAUUGCGUCCACUCUGCAGAGGUGCACGCGGAGAUGGCCAAGAUGAGUUCGGAAAAGGCCGAUGGAGGAGACAUUCGUCACGAUGCGCGGAAGUCCACGAGCAAGUUGCUGGAAGACACGCUGAAGCGCACUAACCAAACCCUGUCGUUCUUGCAGGCCAGAUACCAAAGCAGUGGAAGGCCUGAGCAUACACAGCAGGAGAGCAAGGAACCAAAGGACUUGCAUGCUGCAGAAGCGAGGGCGCUUGGUGAUGCAGAAGCCAUGAAAACUCACGCGGCCAAGCACCCCGACAAUACAGACCGAAGCCGACUGAACGCCGACCGGUCCCGCUCCGGGUCACGUGAUGAGACCCAGAUCGCAACAUCGGGGACGACAGGGACCGGUGGAAGCGGCACAGGUGGAAGUGUGAGUGGUGUGAGCGGAGUCAGCGAAUCCUUGAAAUCUUCACAUUGGACGAGACAGUGUGAAGGCUAUGGAUCACAGGCAUCCCGUUCUACAGAAGAUAUCAAGAAAGAACAUUCCGUCGAUUCUGCCUUAGACGAGGACCUUGCGGAGGAGCUGAUGUCCGUGACUUUUGCGAAGCCUUUCCAGAAAACAAGGUUCCACAGCACCAGCGAGGAGUCCACAGAUGGACCAGGUCAGUAUGUUGUCAUUAAGGACACCGGCUUCGCUUCUGAGACUGCUGAUUUCCCUGGCAGUCAGGAUGGGAUGGCCUACAUCAGAGCCGGCGCGAUUGUUGAAGUAGUUGAAGUAGGCGGCCAGAAGCCAGACAGGUUGCAAGGGCGGAUUCUAUCUCCUCCAGGUUGGAUUUCCCUGCUGGACACUGAGUCUGGCUAUCGCUGGGCAUGCAAAGUGGAGGUUGGUGGAGAACAUGUGGAAAGCAAGGCACCAUCAACCCCGAGAGCCUCUUUAGUCGUCCUUCCAGCAAGCCAUGACAAGAUAAGCACUGUGUGCCGAAAGCCACGCCCCAAAGCUAUUCAUCGACGUGCAUGGCCGAAGGAUGUAAAUGCCCCCUUUCAGCUGGCCAGAAAUGCUCAGCCUACAGGAGAAUUCAAGGCAUAGCUUUUUUUCUCAUGAUUUUCUGUUGCAGUUUGUAGCUCUCUUCACUCCAAUUUGUAAAUGCAAUGUACAGGAAAGUCUUGGACGUACCAGUGCCUGCAGCUUAUAUGCUUGUCUUCAUC